AUGGCUAUUCCGUCGACAAACAUUCCACAAUACGCGACACAGUCAGGUACAGGUUUCUCUCCAGUCGACAAUUACCAGACAGCCGAAGAACCUGCUCCUUCCCCUGACUAUGUUCCUACGGACCUGCCUCAAGGCUUUACGACUAGUAGCCAUCUGGUUCCCACCCAUGGUUAUGCGAUCACAUCUCCUGCUUCUAUGGCUGCCUCCACUGCACGAACAGUAUCUGUGUCGUGGUUGCUCGUCGUACUUGUGGGCGGCUUUCACUUCUUGGCUGCUUUUUAUAAGGCUGGCUUGGGCUACAGUUUUGGGAUACGUGACGUCGGCAUGACGCUCAAAUUAUUCUCUACGGUCUUUUGCUCAUGGUCAAGACUGGCGCGUAAAGAGGGCAACGAUUCCGCCUCUUACGCGUAUAUCUAG